AGUAGUAGCUUGAAAACAUAAAGCAUUGGAGAGCUUAUUAGAGAGCCUUUACCCCUUACUAUCUCCGAGAUUCGGCAUCAAAUCACAUUUCCAGUGAAUCAAGCUAAUGGAGAUUGAAACGGGAGCAGUCUAUGCAAUGGAGUUAGAAACUCAGAGGAAGCUCCUUAAGGACGUGUUUGGAGGAUCAUCAUCAUCAGAUAGUGACACUGAAGGAAGUGAUGAACUUAUUUCUUCAAUCCAUAAUCUCCCUUCAACUGAAGGCAAACGCGGUCUCGUUCUUCAAUCACCACCAUCAAUGUCAAACCCUAACCCUUGUUGGGAACGCAUUGCAGCAAUUGAUGGCUUGUGGUUAUGCAAUAACUUUCUUUCUCUUCAACAACAAUCUUCUCUUUUAUCUUCCAUUCAAAUUGAAGGAUGCUUCACAAAAGCUUCUCACAACCAGGCUAUGAGAUUUGGGGACCUCCCGCUCUGGGCGCUUGAGCUUUCUGAUCAAAUACAUAAGAUUGUUUGUUUUGGUUAUAAGGAAACAAAUACUGGAGUGCUGAAUGUUGACAAGGAAGCCUGUGUAUUGCCUUCACAAUUGCUUUUUAGGGAUCCAUGCUUUGAUCAACUUAUUUUAAAUGUAUACCAGCCAGGUGAGGGUAUUUGUGCACAUGUUGAUCUAAUGCGAUUUGAAGAUGGGAUUGCGAUAGUGUCAUUGGAGUCAUCCUGUGUCAUGCAUUUUUCACCAGUAGAAGGGAAUGGAGAAGUAGAAGUUCCACUAGCAAUAAAAAUCCCCGUAUAUUUGACCCCAGGAUCUCUAGUUAUCAUGUCAGGCGAUGCUCGCUACCUUUGGAAGCACGAGAUAAAUAGAAAACCUGGAUUCCAGGUUUGGAAAGGUCAGGAAAUAGACCAGAAAAGGAGGACUUCCAUAACUCUGAGGAAGCUUUGUAUCUCUUAGUAAUCCUGCUAUAUUUGGCAUCAGUUUUGGAGAUAGCAACGUUUUGAAUGCAAAAGGCUGCAGAUGCAGAGCUGGUGGAGUGUAAGCUGCUGCGCCACUCACCAUUCUUGCAAUAUCAAAUUAAGCAUCUGAAAUAGAACGUUUGUGGGAGUAGUUCCCAGCAUUCAAUCACAUCCUACUGCUAAUCAAGUGUGCAAUCUUUGAUGAUUAUGCAAGAUUAGAGGUGGCUGGUUGUUCAAAUCGGGUAAUUUGGGGUCUAUCUCGAUUGUAGCCUGUGGGUUGCUUUGGGCCAUAUCUAUGAUGAUAUCCGGUAGCUUUUACUGUACUGACUUGCUGGCUGAUUUUCAUGUUUUAAGUUAUUUUCUUUUAACGUAACUAGCUUUUGAACCUGCUGAAAGCACAAGUGUAUAAUAUUCUGGAUUGACUGUUAAAAGAGUUCUGAAAUUUUAUAGAAAGCAGAUACAUUAUAUGUUUGAAUUA